UCAAGUUAUCUGAUUCUUUAUUCGUAUUAUUUAUCAGAUCCAAAAGAUGACGGAGGCAUCUUGUGCCCUAUUUUUUUGUCCGUAUUAUAUAAAUAAAGGAAGUCCUCCAUUUCCAUUUUCUUUUUUUCUUUUUAUUACUAUUAUUUAUUUAAUAUGUCUGGAGAAAAAACACCUCUACUACCUAAGCAAGACUUUGGUUACAGAGAUAUCAAUAGUGAUGAUAUUAGCAGCAGUAGCAUGAAUACAAAGGUUGAUGUUCAACAACACGAGUAUGUAGAGCCAACGAACCAACUAUCAGAUCAACCAUGGAAAUACAAGAUAGUUGCUUUACUAUGUGCCAUGUUUUUAGCAGUGGGCAGCCAUUUCGCUGCACAUACUCUCGGUGCAAUGAAAUCCAUUAUCAAAAAGGAAUUCAAUAUAUCCAAUUCUCAGUAUGGAACCAUUCAGUCCAGCGUAUCUAUAGUCAAUACAGUUUUGCCACUUAUCGGCGGUAUCUUUGUUGACGCUUUCGGUACCAUCCCAGGGUCGAUUGUAACCACAGUAUUGAUUGCUAUGGGUAAUAUCUUGGUAGCAGCAUCUACCUCAACAACUAGUCUAUCAACCAUGAUCUUUGGCCGCGUUCUUUAUGGCAUUGGAAGUGGAACAGUCGUCAUUGUACAAGAAACGAUACUUAGUCAGUGGUUUAAAGGUCGGAGCCUUGCUGCCGUCAUUGCACUGAUGAUGACGAUCAGCCGACUUUCUUCCUUUUUGGCUCAAGCAACUGUUGUCCCUAUCGCUAGCUGGCUAGGUUGGUACGGUUACGGUUUCUGGUUUUCGGCCUUUCUUUGCAUCUUUUCAUUUCUAAUCAACUUGAUUUACAUUGUUCUUCUUAAACGCGUAUUAUCCAACCAACAAGGCUGUCAAGUACAGCAGUCAGUUCACAGGCGAAAAUCAUUUAGCUGGUCUAAACUCAUGUAUUUGCCGCAUUCAUUUUGGCUCAUUGCCUCCAUGGAAUUUUUGCUUGGUGGUGGAUGGGGAUGCUUUUUACAUAUCAAUAGCGAAUAUGUCAAGUUCCGUUUUGGGUUUAAUGAUCGAACAGCUGCAGGCGUUGCAAGUGUUGCACAGGUGCUGCCUAUCUUUUUAAUGCCUAUGUUAGGCAUCUUUGCAGACAGAUAUGGCAAACGUACCUGGAUGAUGAUCGGAAGCGGUGCAUCCUUUUUACUAGCCCUUCUUCUGUUAGAAUACACGCCCAUUCACCCUAUCGUUGGUAUGAUCAGUUUUAGUGUAAGUUUGGCAUUGGGUCCGGUCGCUCUUGUUUCAUCCGUACCUCUCAUUCUGCCCCUUUCUCUUGUUGGCACCGGCAUGGGCCUUAUCAAGUCAGGCACCAAUGUUGGCGCCUCUAUAUUUGAUAUCUUGACUGGUCUCUUACAGGAUCACGAUGCCCACAAGGGAUACGAGUCAGUCAUUGACUUUUUCAUUAUUAUCGUGACCUUGUCCAUAUUAUCAGGCAUCACUUUGCUGAUACUAAAUCGCAUCAUGUAUGAUAAUCUCCUGGAUGCCGCAUCCUCAGCCGAGACGAAGCAAGAACAGCUGACUGAACGACUCAAGUCUAAUUACUUUUAUGCCGGUCUUUACAUUGUCCUAGUUAUCGUGAGCUGGAUCAUGUUUAUACGUUUUAUUUUUAAAUAAAUCAUGUGCAAAUCCUUGGUGUUCAUAUGACAUCAUAGGAAGACAAUAAUCCCUUGUUUCUGUUGGUACACUUAAAAGAAUUACCCUAAGAGAAAGUACACAUGAUGAUGAUCAAGCUACUGUGCGCUUAAAAGUAGGCGGGUAUUAUUGAAAGAAGUUUUAAAUGAAAAAGAUGCCAAAAGUGGAAUAGUAGAAGAAAUUCUGUUCAAAAUGUUUCAACUAAAAGAUACAGCUAGUCAUACACUUUUCCUAGAGAUAGCUAAGUCUCUCAAAUCAUUUCACGCGUUUUAAAUAGAUAUUAAGUUUAUUUUUUCAUUUUUUCAUUUACAUUUAUAAUAAAAGUGUACUCCUUUCAGUUCUCAAGACA